AUGGGUGAUGACUCAGUACCACUUUUUCUGGACCAAGGAACCACUAAAAGAUAUAAAAUACUUAUUGAUCAUCUGGACUACAAGUUCAUUGAAAAAUGCACAGAUGUUAAACACUUGGAAAAGAUUCUCAGGGUAUUAAGGUCUGGUGAAGAGGGAUAUUAUCCUGAACUUACACUGUUUUGUGAAAAGCGUGUCGAGCAUUUAGAUCUGAGGAGCAGAGCACUGAGAAAAGAUAAGCCUUUAGCCACAGCUUCUGAUUUCACAGCUGAAGAAUGGAAAACAAUUAAUGAUGAACUGAUGAGCUGGGUGACAGAAAUGAAUGAAGAUUAUAAGAAAUCACAGUUCCUGAGAACAGACACAGUACAUGAAAGACAAGAUAACCUGCCUCCUAUUCGUUGUUCCAGCAGCUGUCUUCCUGCUAAUCAGAACAAAAUAUUACAAAACAAUCAAAGAAACAAGAAAAAUGUGCCACGGGAUUACAGUGAAUGGGACAAGUUUGAUGUGGAAAAGGAGUGUUCUAAAAUUGAUGAAGGAUGUGAAGAAAAUAACUCAAAAGCAAGAUUCUUAAGUAGGCCAAGUCAACCUGUAAUCAAAAAGAAAAUAGACACAACUGGCAUGACAAAGAAAGAGAAGAUUUUUAUUGCGACUCAUGAAAAAGAAAAGGGCAAUGAAGCCUUUGCUAUUGGCGAUUAUGUGGAAGCAGUGACCUAUUACACUCGGAGUAUAUCAGUAAUACCCACUGCAGCUGCAUAUAAUAACAAAGCUCAAGCAGAAAUCAAACUUCAGGACUGGGACAGUGCUUUGCAGGAUUGUGAGAAGGUACUAGAUAUGGAACCUGGCAAUGUAAAAGCUCUGAUACGCCGUGCCACUGUACACGGUCAGCUGCAGAAUUACCAGGCAGCUAUAGAGGAUCUGAACAAAGUACUAUGUAUUGAACCAGAAAACGCUAUAGCUAAGAAAAAUCUGCUACAGACUGAAAUGAAAAUGAAAGGUUUAAAGCCUGUAUCUGAGACUCAAGGCAAAGGAAAAAGAAUACUUAUUCGAGAUAUAGAGGAUUCAGAAGUGGAUGAAGAAAGAUGGGAAAAUACAGAAGGAUGUGAAAGAAGUGGUGGAGAUAAAAGUUAUGUGAGAGCAGGACAUUUUCUGUGUUCUUGGAAGUGCUUUCGGAGGCAAAUAAAUCUUUGUAACAUGAGGAUGCCUCAAGGAUGCGGUCCCCUGUUUGUCCACCCCUCCUUUACCAGGACGAUAGUUUCUUCCGAUGAUGCAAGCUCUAACUCGCUCCUUAACUUCCUCGUAGAAGCCGGCGUGCCAGUGCGGGGAGAGGCAGCUGCGGAGGAGGAGGCGAUGGGGAAUGCGCAGAAAAAGUUUCAUAGCAAAGGAGGUGGCGGUAAGGGGGAGGACAGAGACGCACAGAAGCAGAGAGAAUCCACCGAGUGCGGAUUAAAAAAAGGCACAUCGGAGAAAAAAACACAAAAGCGUUUAUCAGACCAUGAAGGUGAAGUUAAUGGCUAUUUACACAGUGACCGAAAGACUGAAAGCCCUGAAGCUGAGAAGAUCUGCAGAUCCCAGGGAGCAGGGUCUCAGCCGGUUGCUGGUGGCAGUUCUACUUCACUUCCUCCUAUUGCAGCAAAACUAAAAAGUGAAGGAAACGAGUUGUUUAAGAGUGGACAGUUUGGAGAAGCUGUGCUCAAAUACUCGGAGGCAAUUGAGUAUGUCAUCGGUCUAGGAGAACAAAGUCCAGAUGAUUUAAGUAUCUUGUACUCGAACAGAGCAGCAUGUUACCUCAAAGAAGGCAACUGCAGUGACUGCGUUCAGGACUGUAACAGAGCUCUGGAGCUUCAGCCAUUUUCCCUUAAGCCUCUUCUACGACGAGCAAUGGCAAAUGAGUCUAUGGAGCGGUAUCGACAGGCAUACAUUGAUUAUAAAACAGUCCUACAAAUAGACAGCAGCAUCCAAGCAGCCAACGAUAGUGCUAAUAGAAUAACAAAGACUUUAAUAGACCAGGAUGGUCCCAGUUGGAGAGAGAAACUGCCACCAAUUCCAGUUGUCCCAGUUGCUGCUCAACUACACAGGUGGGAUGGAGGAAACGAAGAGAAUAAGCCCAGAAGUACUACAGAUACCAACAGAGAAGAACAGUUGCAGAUGAAUUCUGAGGAGAAGUUCAAGACAUUGAAAAACGAAGGGAAUGAUUUUGUAAGAAAGGGUAAAUAUGAAGAAGCUGUAAAUAAAUACAGUGAAUGCAUGAAGUUAAAUACCAAGGAAUGUGCGAUCUACACCAACAGAGCUCUCUGUUACUUGAAACUCAAUAAAUAUGAAGAGGCUAAGCAGGAUUGUGAUCAUGUUCUUCAGAUAGAAGAUUCUAAUAUUAAAGCUUUUUAUAGAAGAGCACUAGCGUACAAAGGAUUACAGAAUUACCAAGCCAGCGUUGAUGAUUUCAACAAAGUUCUUCUAAUAGAUCCAAAUGUUCUUGAAGCAAAAAAAGAACUAAAGGAGGUAACACAACUGCUUAACCGUGACAGCAGUGCUGGAGCUAGCGGUCCACAAAAGCAAAGGAAGAAAAUAACCAUCCAAGAGGUGACUGAACCUGAUGAACAGGAAGGGAGACACUUUGCUACAUCAGAAGAUGUUGUGACUGAUCAUGCUACUUCUAAGGAAGCAGAUCAGGAGGAUGUGCCACUGAAGACCUCUGAGAAACUGUGCAUUUCGGAACCAUCUAAUGCUUACGACUUUGGUCAGAUUAUAAACGCAGUGAAUAUCAACAAGGAUAAAGCUGCUUGUGCAGAUCUUCUAACAAUUACUGAUCCCAAAAAAUUGCCAAUGCUGCUAGGGAACAAACUUGAAGGAGAAAUAUUUUCAAUUUUUAUCCAGUCAUUGGAAUAUUAUGUAGUUGGAAAAGAUCCUGGCCUUGUAUAUCAGCACCUUUUCUACUUGAGCAAAGCAGAAAGAUUUAAGGUGGUGCUGGCUUUUCUCAGCAAAAGUGAAAAAGAGCAGGUGUUCAAGAGAGAUCUGCAGCUCAUCCGAUCCAUGCAAAUCCGACUGUGCUUCACCAGCAAAAUGCCAAUUUUGUUCUUCGGUCAUGGUGGCAAGGCUGUUGUGGAUUUUAAUGUCCUUAUCGUGGAGGUGGUAGGCAAUGCUCGUCCUCUUGUCAAGCCAACUCACUAG